AACAUGAGGCACACGCGAACACGGAGGCACGUCAACCAAACUCACUCACUAGUAAACGAUUGGCGCAAAGUUGCGCUGCACACGAAUUAAAACCCGGGCAUAGAACUCGGCCAAAUAAUUCGAAUUAUCGAGCCAUACACGUGGCAAACCUUUAUCGAUGAGCCUCGUCGUUUCAGCGUGGUUCUUUUGAUAAGCGUGAAAUGACUGCGCAACUACUGCGACGGUUGUGCGACGGUACAUAUACCCUUCAAAGUCAUCUUUCGUCGUUUUGCCAUGUUUCGAAAGGUACAAUCAAUUUCUCUCCGUUCUCUAUCACUCGUCUUCCGAUAACGUUCACAACACAGGGCUUGGCGACAGCGCGCGAAUGUCGGGCCCACAGUUCUUCCCCGAGGUCGCUGUCUACUCGAGUCCAGGGAUCCCUACUAUGUAAAGGGAGCCCCUACUACGUCACUCCACUGAUGCUUAUAUAUAACUAUGAUCUACUCACGCCUAAUAUCCAUCCUCUUCGCUAUCCUCUUCGCUCGAGCAUACUACCGCUCAUCCCCCACCCACCCAUUCCCCGGCAUUCAAACAUAUCGCGUUUCGAAAUACUUCUUCGUGCUGACAUUUCAUCAUACGUUCGCGCGUCACUCACGUACAUCCAUCCCGCUUCAAUCACCGAUUCACGUUACCCCCUAUGCCACCAAUCUCGGAUCACGUUAACCUUGAUCCUGAUUGACGUUCCGCGGGUACCCCCAAUGCCAAUCUACGCCACCCCCCUCGAGGGACCAGGACCCGAUCCUCCACAUUUAUCUACUUGUGCCAGAUCGACCCUCCACAUCCCCACGCACCCCAUCCCUGACUUGCGUCUCUCGUCCCCAUCGCUCAAGGCCUCACCUCCCGUUCAUCGCCGCGUGCCUGUACCUGCUCACACGUACGACUUCCAUGCAGGAAUCGAACAAAAGAAAUCCCAUAAAUCCCGACUCCUCGGUCAUGAUCUACCUCGGGCUCAUCUCCCAUGCCCGGGUUCACUUCUCCAUCGGAUCGGAUCAAGUGACGGGGCCGGUCGCUCCGCGCCCAUACAUGUAUGGUGUUGAACCAAGUCAGUCAGAGCACUCGUGCGGGCGUCAGUUGCGGGAAACUCGUAGCCUUUGCCUAUGGAUCAUACACUAUUCACAAGACGAUAAACCGAUUUCAACGAAAGUUUGUUCGGGUGCACUGAUCGGGGCAAGACCUUCUUGCCAAAGCGCCCACCGCCCUCCCACGAUCUUACCUUCCGCAUCAAAGAGGAACUUUAUAAUGCUCGGACCACCCCAUUCCAUUCUGAAUAACGUAUACACUACACCCAAUUUUGGGCGUUCGUUG